GCUCAGUUGUGCGGCGAGCAGAGAAGAAAGCGGUGCGCUGUGCGCUGCGGAGCGGCUGUAGAGAUGAAUGCUCUAGAUUCAAGAGAAACUGGAAUGAUCUGGCUAUUUACCAAAACUCACUGAAGCAAACCCUUGUGACAUCUCCAGACACUUGUACCAUUGCAGGCAGAAAGGGUAUGGCAUGGCAAACAGGUUAGCAGAAAAGCCUGUGAGAGGGGGCUGGAGGAUUUAACUGCUCUUUGCCACCUCCUGGCAGCCCAGGGCCCUCCUCUCAGGUACGCCCUGCACUAUGGACUCCCAGGGGUACAACUGCUUUGUGGAUAGAGAUAAAAUGAACACUGCCAUCCAGGACCUGGGACCCAAGGAACUGAGCUGCACAGAGCUCCAAGAGCUGAAGCAGCUGGCACGCCAAGGUUACUGGGCCCAUAGCCACACUCUGCGGGGGAAGGUGUACCAGCGCCUGAUCCGGGAUAUCCCCUGCCGCACAGUCACGCCUGAUGCCAGCGUGUACAGUGACAUCGUGGGCAAGAUUGUGGGUAAGCACAGCAGCAGCAGCCUGCCCUUGCCUGAGUUUGUGGACAACACGCAGGUGCCCAGCUACUGCCUGAACACACGGGGCGAGGGUGCUGUUCGGAAGAUUCUGCUGUGCAUUGCCAACCAGUUCCCUGACAUCUCCUUCUGCCCUGCCCUGCCUGCAGUUGUAGCCCUGCUGCUGCACUACAGCAUCGAUGAGGCUGAAUGCUUUGAGAAGGCUUGCCGCAUCUUGGCCUGCAAUGACCCCAGCAAGAAGCUGAUUGACCAGAGCUUUCUGGCCUUUGAGUCUUCCUGCAUGACAUUUGGGGACCUGGUGAACAAGUACUGCCAGGCAGCUCACAAGCUGAUGGUGGCCGUGUCGGAGGAUGUCCUGCAGGUCUAUGCAGACUGGCAGCGCUGGCUAUUUGGGGAACUGCCCCUCAACUACUUCGCUCGUGUCUUUGAUGUCUUCCUGGUGGAAGGUUACAAGGUGUUGUACCGUGUUGCGCUGGCAAUCCUCAAGUUCUUUCACAAGGUGAGAGCUGGGCAGCCACUUGAGUCAGACAAUGUGAAGCAAGACAUCCGUACCUUCGUCAAGGACAUUGCCAAGACUGUGUCUCCCGAAAAGCUGCUGGAGAAAGCAUUUGCCAUCCGCCUCUUCUCUCGGAAGGAGAUUCAGCUCCUGCAGAUGGCCAAUGAGAAAGCUCUGAAGCAGAAGGGCAUCACUGUCAAGCAAAAGAGUGUUUCACUUUCUAAAAGGCAGUUUGUGCACCUGGCUGUACAUGCGGAAAAUUUCCACUCAGAGAUUGUCAGUGUGAAGGAGAUGAGAGACAUCUGGUCAUGGAUCCCUGAGCGAUUUGCUCUCUGUCAGCCCCUCCUGCUCUUCUCCUCACUGCAGCAUGGGUACAGCCUGAGCAGGUUCUAUUUCCAGUGUGAAGGACAUGAGCCCACCCUCCUGCUCAUUAAGACCACACAAAAGGAGGUGUGUGGAGCUUACCUGUCAACAGACUGGAGCGAGAGAAAUAAGUUUGGAGGCAAACUGGGCUUCUUUGGGACCGGAGAAUGCUUUGUGUUUAGGUUGCAGCCAGAGGUCCAGCGCUAUGAGUGGGUGGUCAUCAAACACCCAGAGCUGACUAAGCCAGUGUCCUUGGAGGCCACUGCCACUCCGUCCCUCCUCUCCCAGUCAUCCUUGUCCUCAUCCUCAGACCCCGCUGACCGCCUCUCACCGUUCCUGGCCACUCGGCACUUCAACUUGCCCUCCAAGACCGAGUCCAUGUUCAUGGCUGGGGGCAAUGACUGCCUCAUCAUAGGUGGAGGAGGUGGCCAGGCUCUCUACAUCGACGGGGACCUGAACCGGGGCCGCACGGGCCACUGCGACACUUUCAACAACCAGCCUCUCUGCUCCGAGAACUUCCUCAUCGCUGCUGUGGAGGCCUGGGGCUUCCAGGACCCUGACACCCAGUGACAGGCCUCUGCUGACGAGCCUGAAGCUUCUGCUGGGCUUCAUUGUGUACUCACACCUGGAGAGGCCUCCCAAGAUGGCCAGGGGAGGGCCCCCUGACUUCAAACCAGCCAGCUCCAUCUCCAGGGGCCUGCCUGGAGAAGCCCGGACCCACAGAGCCUUCUCCAACCCUCCUCCUCUCCAGCCAGAGCCUCCUUAGCUGCCCUACUGUCUCUGUGGUGGCCCUGUUUCUCCUCCAUGUCGCUGCAGUGUUCUGGUUCCCAGGAUCCCAUCCAGACUCCUCAGCCUGGUGCAUUUGUCUCAUCCAGUCCUACCCACCUUCACUUCAUUGGGGGCCACGAGUUCGUGUACUAGCUCUGCACCCUCCCCAGCUCCCUGCUCACAUGGCACCUUCAACACAAGCCCCUCUGCAUCCUUCUCACAGCACUGUGGUCAGCUACAUAGCAUGAUUCUCUUGUGCUGCCACCUCUCCCCUUCUGCCCUGUCCUGCCUGGUUUUGCACUGGACUCAUGCACAGUAGGUGCUAAGUGAAGAUUAGCUAGUGAACACCAGGGAUCAGCCUUCUUGCCCCAUGACCUCCCUCAGCUGGUCCUGAGGGCCUGGGCACUCAAGAGGGAAGAGAGGAGAAGGAGACACCCAAGUGGCUGUGCUGCAACAACCUGGACCAAGGGUUACUGCCUUUCAGCCAGCCCCCUCAGCGUCUCUGCAUACCACACCCCUGCCCAGCUGCACACUGUGCUUGCUCUUCCUGUGAGGUAUUUGUCCUCCUUCCAUCCACCUACUCAGAUCUCCUCUGAGCCAGACCAUAGUGGGGCUGAAGAAAGGACCAGGAAACUUGUGUGGCUUUGGAAAAGCCAGUGAACCUGUUUGGAACUCAGUUUCCCCAACUGUAAAAUGGGCCAGUCAUCCUGCUCUGCUGUCCCCCAGGACUGUUGAAAGGCUGUGAAGGAAAAUGUGGUGGGAGGUGGUGCUUACCCACCACCCAAGAUCACUACAGCCAUUGCUACUCCCCCUUCCUUUGAGCCCCCACAGCUCUCGCCUGUAUUUUGGUGUUCAUUAAACAUAGUCUCAUUA